AUGGGGGGGUGGAAAGCUGGCGCUGUUUUGUCGCCACCGCAGAGUCUGGACGAGGGGGAGAGGACAUGGGAUGACGCACCAGACGCUGAGUACCAGAACACGUUUGUGAAGAACUCCAACCUCGUCCUCCAAGCCGACCGCUCGCUGAUCGACCGGACGCGGCGGGAUGAGCCGACGGGGGAAGUCCUGUCCUUGGUGGGCAAACUGGAGGGGACCCGCAUGGGCGACAAGGCCCAGAGAACCAAACCCCAGAUGCAGGAGGAGAGACGAGCCAAGAGAAGAAAGCGUGACGAGGACAGGCAUGACAUCAACAAGAUGAAGGGUUACACCCUGCUCUCCGAGGGCAUCGACGAGAUGGUGGGCAUCAUCUACAAACCCAAAACCAAGGAGACCCGUGAGACCUACGAGGUGUUGCUGAGCUUCAUUCAGGCAGCUCUUGGGGACCAGCCACGUGACAUCCUCUGCGGAGCUGCCGACGAGGUCCUGGCGGUGCUGAAGAACGAGAAACUGCGUGAUAAGGAGAGGAGGAAGGAGAUCGAUCUGCUCCUGGGACAGACUGAUGAUACCCGCUACCACGUGCUGGUGAACCUGGGGAAGAAGAUCACAGAUUACGGCGGAGACAAGGAGAUCCAGAACAUGGACGACAAUAUUGAUGAAACGUACGGGGUGAACGUGCAGUUCGAGUCUGAUGAGGAGGAAGGUGAUGAGGACAUUUAUGGCGAAGUGCGCGACGAGGCGUCUGAUGAUGACAUGGAGGGAGAUGAAGCCGUGGUCCGUUGCACCCUCUCGGCCAACCUUGUGGCAUCGGGGGAGCUGAUGAGUUCAAAGAAGAAGGAUCUGCAUCCUCGAGACAUCGACGCCUUCUGGCUCCAGCGGCAGCUGAGCCGCUUCUAUGACGAUGCCAUUGUUUCCCAGAAGAAGGCGGAUGAAGUGCUGGAGAUCUUGAAGACUGCGAGCGACGACCGGGAGUGUGAGAACCAGCUUGUUCUGCUCCUGGGCUUUAACACCUUCGACUUCAUUAAAGUCCUGCGGCAGCACCGCAUGAUGAUCCUGUACUGCACUUUGCUGGCCAGUGCACAAAGUGAAGCUGAAAAAGAAAGAAUAAUGGGGAAGAUGGAAGCGGAUCCUGAGCUGUCGAAGUUCUUGUAUCAGCUGCACGAGACAGAGAAGGAGGAUCUCAUCCGGGAGGAACGCUCUCGCCGGGAGCGUGUGCGCCAGUCCCGGAUGGACACUGACUUGGAGACCAUGGAUCUGGACCAAGGAGGAGAGCCCGUGGGCUUCCUCCAGCGCCUGGCGACUUACGGCAUCAACGUGGCUGAGCUGACGGGGGAUCACCAGCUCUGCAAGGAGGAAAUCAGCGCUACCCAGAUCAUCGUCUGCACCCCGGAGAAGUGGGACAUCAUCACCCGCAAGGGAGGAGAACGCACCUACACCCAGCUGGUGCGGCUGGUCAUCCUGGAUGAGAUACACCUACUGCAUGAUGACCGAGGACCCGUCCUGGAGUCUCUGGUAGCCAGAGCCAUCCGCAACAUCGAGAUGACUCAGGAGGACGUGAGGCUCGUUGGCUUGAGUGCCACCCUCCCCAACUACGAGGACGUGGCUACGUUCCUGAGAGUGGACCCGGCCAAAGGCUUGUUCUAUUUCGAUAACAGCUUCCGACCGGUGCCCCUAGAGCAGACCUAUGUGGGUAUUACAGAGAAGAAAGCAAUCAAACGCUUCCAGAUAAUGAAUGAGAUAGUUUAUGAGAAGAUUAUGGAGCAUGCUGGAAAGAACCAGGUGCUGGUGUUUGUUCACUCCAGGAAGGAGACCGGGAAGACUGCCCGGGCCAUCAGGGACAUGUGCCUGGAGAAAGACACCCUGGGCCUCUUCCUGCGGGAGGGCUCAGCCUCCACCGAGGUGCUGAGGACCGAAGCCGAGCAGUGCAAGAACCUGGAGCUGAAGGACCUUCUUCCUUACGGCUUCGCCAUUCACCACGCCGGGAUGACGCGAGUGGACCGGACACUGGUGGAGGAUCUGUUUGCUGACAAGCACAUUCAGGUGCUGGUCUCCACAGCCACGCUGGCCUGGGGUGUGAACCUCCCUGCUCACACCGUCAUCAUCAAGGGGACGCAGGUGUACAGCCCCGAGAAGGGACGCUGGACCGAGCUGGGUGCCCUGGACAUCCUGCAGAUGCUGGGGCGUGCCGGGAGGCCUCAGUAUGAUACCAAAGGAGAGGGGAUCCUCAUCACAUCCCACGGUGAGCUGCAGUAUUACCUGUCCCUGCUCAACCAGCAGCUCCCCAUUGAAAGUCAGAUGGUGUCGAAGCUCCCGGACAUGCUCAAUGCAGAGACAGUGCUUGGCAACGUCCAGAAUGCAAAGGAUGCAGUGAAUUGGCUGGGCUACACCUACCUGUACAUCCGAAUGCUGCGCUCCCCCACUCUCUACGGGAUAUCCCACGAUGAUCUGAAGGGGGAUCCGCUGCUGGACCAGCGCCGCCUGGAUCUGGUUCACACCGCAGCCCUCAUGUUGGACAAGAACAACCUGGUGAAGUACGACAAGAAGACGGGGAACUUCCAGGUCACAGAGCUGGGCCGCAUCGCCAGCCACUACUACAUUACCAAUGAGACGAUGCAGACUUACAAUCAGCUCCUCAAACCCACUCUGAGUGAAAUCGAGUUGUUUCGGGUUUUCUCGCUCUCCUCGGAGUUCAGGAACAUCACCGUGAGGGAGGAGGAGAAGCUCGAGCUUCAGAAGUUGCUGGAGCGAGUUCCCAUCCCGGUGAAGGAGAGCAUAGAGGAGCCCAGUGCCAAGAUCAAUGUGCUCCUCCAGGCCUUCAUCUCCCAGCUGAAGCUGGAAGGAUUUGCUCUCAUGGCAGACAUGGUCUACGUUACCCAGUCUGCUGGGCGGCUGAUGCGAGCCAUCUUCGAGAUCGUCCUGAACCGUGGCUGGGCCCAGCUCACCGACAAGACCCUUAACCUCUGCAAGAUGAUUGACAAACGGAUGUGGCAGUCCAUGUGCCCUUUGCGCCAGUUCAAGAAACUGCCUGAGGAAGUGGUGAAGAAAAUCGAGAAGAAGAAUUUCCCGUUUGAACGGCUCUAUGACUUGAACCAUAACGAAAUAGGGGAACUGAUCCGAAUGCCCAAGAUGGGUAAGACAAUCCACAAAUAUGUUCAUCUGUUUCCAAAACUGGAGCUUUCGGUCCACUUGCAGCCUAUUACCCGCUCCACCCUGAAAGUAGAGCUCACCAUUGCCCCCGACUUCCAGUGGGAUGAAAAGGUACAUGGUUCAUCUGAAGCUUUCUGGAUCCUGGUGGAAGAUGUGGACAGCGAGGUGAUCCUGCACCACGAGUACUUCCUGCUGAAAGCCAAGUACGCGCAGGACGAGCACCUCGUCACCUUCUUCGUGCCCGUGUUUGAGCCACUGCCCCCACAGUACUUCAUCCGGGUGGUCUCUGACCGCUGGCUCUCCUGUGAGACCCAGCUGCCCGUUUCCUUCCGCCACCUGAUCCUCCCUGAGAAGUACCCUCCUCCGACCGAGCUGCUGGAUCUGCAGCCGCUGCCCGUGUCGGCUCUGCGGAACAGCGCCUUCGAGAGCCUCUACCAGGACAAGUUCCCUUUCUUCAACCCUAUCCAGACCCAGGUGUUUAACACUGUUUAUAACAGUGACGACAACGUGUUUGUGGGUGCCCCCACGGGAAGUGGAAAGACCAUUUGUGCUGAAUUUGCCAUCCUGAGGAUGCUGCUGCAGAACUCGGAGGGACGCUGCGUGUACAUCACUCCCAUGGAGGCUCUGGCAGAGCAGGUCUUCUUGGACUGGUAUGAAAAGUUCCAGGAGCGUCUCAAUAAGAAGGUCGUUUUGCUGACGGGGGAGACCAGCACUGACCUGAAGUUACUGGGCAAAGGCAACAUCAUCAUCAGCACCCCCGAGAAAUGGGACAUCCUCUCGCGACGCUGGAAGCAGCGAAAGAACGUCCAGAACGUCAACCUCUUCAUCGUGGAUGAAGUGCAUCUCAUUGGGGGCGAAAAUGGGGUGCGUCUGGGAGGGGAGGAGGAUGCUACUUGUUCGAGGGAUGCUCAUCAUCGUGCUGGUCCUGGUGCUGUUCAGGUGAUGGUGGCCUCCCGCAGCCUCUGCUGGGGUAUGAACAUCGCGACGCAGUACUACAACGGCAAGAUCCAUGCGUACGUGGAUUACCCCAUCUACGACGUGCUGCAGAUGGUGGGCCACGCUAAUCGCCCGCUGCAGGACGACGAGGGCCGUUGUGUCAUCAUGUGCCAGGGAUCCAAGAAGGAUUUCUUCAAGAAAUUCCUCUACGAGCCUCUGCCAGUGGAGUCACACUUGGACCACUGCAUGCACGAUCACUUCAACGCCGAGAUUGUCACCAAGACCAUCGAGAACAAGCAGGAUGCAGUGGACUACCUCACUUGGACGUUCCUGUAUCGCAGGAUGACGCAGAAUCCAAACUACUACAACCUGCAAGGUGUGUCCCACAGGCAUCUCUCGGAUCAUCUCUCCGAGCUGGUGGAACAGACCCUCAGUGACCUGGAGCAGUCCAAGUGCAUCAGCAUUGAGGACGAGAUGGACGUGGCUCCUCUGAACCUGGGGAUGAUUGCUGCCUACUACUACAUCAACUACACCACCAUCGAGCUCUUCAGCAUGUCCCUCAAUGCCAAGACCAAGGUGCGAGGGCUGAUUGAAAUCAUCUCCAACGCUGCUGAGUACGAGAACAUCCCCAUCAGGCACCACGAGGACAAUCUCCUGCGGCAGCUGGCCCAAAAAGUUCCCCACAAGCUGACCAACCCCAAAUUCAACGAUCCCCAUGUCAAGACCAACCUCCUGCUGCAGGCUCACUUGUCACGCAUGCAGCUGAGCGCCGAGCUGCAGUCGGACACCGUGCAGUUCGCGCAGUGUCGCGGGGGCUUUCCCGGCGGUGUGAAAUCCUCCUACGGUGAAUACCUCGGUGACCGCCUCCAAAAGCGGGUGACAGGGGACGAGGUGCCUCGUGCCAGGAGUCCCCAGAAAACAACUCGCCUCCGGGGUUUUCGGCUGCGCCUCGGCCAGACGCACGACGCAGGAGCCGUCCCUCCACCUCAGCGCCUCCGUCCAGAGAGGAAAGACGGGGUCCGGAAUUUCUUCUUCUUCUUCGAGGGUGAUUUGGAGGGUGAGCCUUCGGGGGAGACGGGGCUGCUGGUCACUGUCUCCUUCUCCUUGGGGGCAUCCUGGUUUUCCUCGGUGCUUUGCUCCUCGUCCUUCCCGUUCACCACCGCCGGCGGCUCCUUCUCGGUGGCGGAAUCGGCUGGCGCUUGGCCGCCGUCCGCCUUCUUGUCACCUUGGAGAGGGGAAAGAGGAGAGGUGAAACUGGAUUUCGUGGCCCCGGCUACAGGGACCCACAACUACACGUUGUAUUUCAUGAGUGAUGCCUACAUGGGCUGCGACCAGGAGUACAAGUUCAGCGUCGAUGUGAAGGAGGCAGAAAGCGACAGCGACUCCGACUAACGUAGGGCCACAGCCGUCCCCACGAGGUUCCCCCCAACCCCGUAGGUCAGCCACCGAACCCCAGCCACGGUAGCGCUUGUGUCACCUCCCUUUGUGUGGCUUCUGUGUAUUUUCCUGUUGUGUUUUGUUUUUUUUUUUUGAUGCUUUGUACAGUGUUUUUGUAACAGGAGCUGCCCGCAGACGUGUGACUGCAGCAGCUGAAUAAAAAUCGAGACCCAUCCCUGCACUCUUGGGUCUGGGGGUGGGAAACAC